UUACACUUGCCUGUGAGGGACUUCAUGUCCUAUGACCAUUCCUGUUCCGUUUAACACAGUUCUUUAAUUAUAUAUCGCAUUGUUCUAAGUUGUGCGGGACAUCAUUAAAAUCCAAAAUGUUCUCCAAUCGUAUGACAACAAUUGUGCGGCUUGUUGCACAACAGCAGCAGCAGCAACAACAACGUGGUAUGGCAACUCUUAAAGCUAUCUCUAUAAGAUUAAAAUCUGUAAAAAAUAUUCAAAAAAUCACCCAAUCAAUGAAAAUGGUGUCUGCUGCUAAAUAUAAUAGAGCAGAAAGAGAUUUGAAACAAGCUCGACCACUUGGUGUUGGUACAAAGGUAUUUUACGAAGCUGCUGAAAUUGAAGCACCACCAGAAGAAGAGAAAAAACUUGUAAUAGCAAUAACAAGUGACCGUGGAUUGUGUGGUGCUGUACACACUGGAGUUUCUCGUAAUAUUAGAGAUGUCCUUUUAGCAGAUGCAAAAGAACGUGAAAAUACAAAAAUUAUAUGUGUUGGUGAAAAAUCACGGGCAAUUUUGUCUCGCUUAUUUGCCAAUAAUAUAUUAUUUGUUGCAUCUGAAGUUGGACGUAAACCACCUACAUUUAAUGAUGCUGCUAAAGUAGCAAUUGAAAUUAUGAAUAGCGGGUACAGUUUUGGUUCUGGCCGUAUUGUGUACAAUCGAUUCAAAUCUGUAGUAUCAUACUCUGUUGAUCAGUUGCCACUCUUCGACAAAAAUGCUGUAGUCACUGCACCUAAAUUAUGUCUAUAUGACUCACUGGAUGAAGAUGUAAUUCAAAGCUAUUUGGAAUUCUCUCUGGCUUCUAUGUUGUUUUAUUCUAUGAAGGAGGGUGCGUGCAGUGAACAGUCAAGUCGUAUGACAGCUAUGGAUAAUGCUAGCAAGAAUGCAGGAGAAAUGAUAGAUAAAUUAACCCUGACAUUCAACCGUACUCGACAAGCUGUAAUUACUAGAGAACUGAUUGAAAUUAUUUCUGGUGCUGCUGCUUUGGAUUAAAACAUACAUACAACUCAUUAAAAAGUUAAUACACCAUAGUGUUGGGAAGUAGUUCAUAAAUUUGUAGUCAAUUGGAAAUUGACUACAUUGUUUUUUGUAAAGACAAUUUUAAUUCGUGAACACCCAAAGUUGCUAUAAAUGAUCAAACAUUUGAAAAUACAGCAACAUUUAUAAA